CUUCGCCCCCGUCCACUCAAGUUUGAACAAUGGCGUCAGCAGCCACCUUCCUUCUGAUCAUCGCUGCAGCCGCAUGGACAUCGCUAACCGACGCCGCACCCUCACCGCCUCCAUUCGUCCCACCGCCGCCGUGCGCACCGCCGCAAUCGGCGGUGGCGUUUCUCCGCGCGCGCUGUGCAACCACGCUGUACGCCGUGGCCUGCUACGAGUCCCUCCUCCCGUACGCGUGCAUAUUCCAGACCAGCCACGUCAAGCUCGCCCGCGCCGCCGGCGACGUCAACGCGGCCUGGCUCCGCUCGAUCUCCAAGCGCGUCAAGGAGCUCGUCGCCCGCGGCGCUGCUGGUGGUGGCGGCACGGCCGGCGGGGCCAAGUCGGCUGCGCUCCGCGACUGUGCCAGCACGGUCUCGUCGGCCGCCGGCCUGGCCAAGCAGUCGGCGGCCGAGCUGGCCAAGCUCGACGUCGCAGGAACCACCGCCGGGAGAAGCCAGGUCCGGUGGGCGAUUUCCAACGCCCAGACGUGGCUCAGCGCGUCCAUGACGAAUGAGGCGACGUGCGCUGACGGGCUCGCGGAUACUGGCGCCGCAGCGUCGUCGCCGGUUGCGAGGGAGGUGAUGGUCGCAGUCGUUGGAACCAAGGAGCUCACCAGCAACACUCUCGCACUUGUUCGUGGGAUACCGGUUCCUCCAUGAUUCACCGGUGUAACGACAAACGGCUCAUGAUUUCUUUAGACGCUCGAAGAUAGAUUUUUUUUAUUACCUGCACUUAAAUAGGAACACUUCGUAACGACGAGAUGAAGGCAGGAUUUAGGUUUCAUUUGGCAUAGCUUAUUCAGCAGCCUCUUGAGCUAGUUCAAGUUAUUUUGUGCAUCUCAAAUGGUUUUACGUGUGAAGUUUUUUAAAAUAUAUAUGCUCUUACAAGGGGUAGACGUGAGAUGAGUGAUGACGC